GAGCUCUCUCCAACAACUCUUUUCCAAUUUGAAAAAAAAAAAAUGGAGGAUCUAGAAAUUGAAAUCCCGCACUAUUUCCUCUGCCCGAUCUCCCUCCAAAUCAUGAAAGAUCCAGUCACCGCCAUCACCGGCAUCACCUACGAUCGCGACAGCAUCGAACAAUGGCUCCAGAACUCCUCCACCGCCACCGCCGCCGUCUGCCCAGUCUCCAAACAGCCGCUCCCGAGAACCGCCGACCUCACUCCCAACCACACCCUCCGCCGCCUCAUCCAAGCCUGGUGCACCCUCAACUCCGUCAACCGGAUCCCAACCCCGAAAUCCCCACUCGCCAAACCCCACGUCACCAAGCUCCUCCGCGAAAUCCUCCACCACGCGCCGUCUCCCGGAUCCCUCCACGCGCUCCACAAGCUCGACAGCCUUGCGUCGGAAAGCGACCGCAACCGCGCCACCAUCGCCGACGCCGGCGCCGCCAAGGCCAUGGUCUCCCUCGUCCUCAACCCCGAAUUCCGUACCACCGGAGGUGUGGAGCACGCGCUUAGAGUGCUGAAUCUCGUGUGGAACCACACCCCGGAAACCACCACGAAGCUUCUCGUGAGGCAGAACGAGGGCCCACUCCUCCACUCGCUGACGUGGAUUUUGAACGAUUCAAAUUCAAAUUCCCAACAGAAUCAGACCACGCUGACGCAGGCAAUGUGCCUCGCCAACCGCGUGAUCGCUUACGCCGGCGCAAGUCUCCUGGAAAGACUCGAGCCGGAAUUCUUCCGGACCAUCGUGGUCCGAAUCCUGGAGAGCCGGACCGCCUCGAAACAAGCGAGGCGGUACGCGCUCCAGGCGCUGGUGGAGGCGUGCCCGUGGGGCGCGAACAGGGCCAAGAUCGUGGAGGCCGACGCGAUCCACGCGCUGAUCGAGCUGCAGCUCGAUCAGAUGUCGUCCGCGGGGAGCAAGGGGGCGGGGGAGAAGCACGCGACGGAGCUGGCGUUCGAUCUGCUGGCGAGGCUGUGCACGAGCGCGGAUGGGAGGGAGAGGCUGGUGGGGCACGCGGCGGGGCUGGCGGUGGUGGCGAAGAGGACGCUGAGGGUGUCGGCGGCGACGGACGACCGGGCGGUGCAGGUGCUGGGGAUGGUGGCGAGGUACGCGGCGGGGAAGGAGGAGGUGCUGACGGAGAUGCUGAGGGUCGGGGCGGUGACGAAGCUGUGCAUGGUGAUGCAGGCGGAUUGCGCGGCGUAUUUGAAGGAGAAGGCGCGUGGGAUACUGAGGGAGCACUCGGCGUUUUGGAACAACUCGCCGUGCAUUGCGGUGUAUCUGCUGACGUGGUAUCCCCGGUAGGCCCGCGGUAGUAUACUACGACGCCGUUAGUUACUAACUUUAAAGUAUUAGUAGGUUCGGUUUUGCGUUUUUUUGGGGAAAGCUUUGCUUCCUUGUUUUUGGCUCCAAGGAGCCAAAGAGGAACUACGGCCGUAUAAUUUGCGCGUGUGAUAUACAGAACAUGAGAUCGUUUUAAUUUCUCUCCCGCCCAUAAAGUCGGAUCCUCCUUGCGUGAAAUCCUGCAUGGUAACCGAAACUAUCGAGCUCAUACAAUACCCGUAUGUGCUAGUAGAGUCGCGACAAAACGCUACAAAAUUUGUCUCUGUGAAACACACACGAAGACGAUACGAAUCCCUCUUACAACUACAGAUAAAUGUGAUUGUAUCGCCGUAUGUUUAAUUUGUAGAAUGUACGUAUAUAUCUAUCUAUCUAUCUUUGACGAAUGAGGAGGAAAGAAGGUAAUUUGUCGAAUGUGUGAAGGAGGAAGUAAUUGGUGGGUAGCGGUUAACAGUUGGGAAGAGUACCAUUUUGAGUAGUGUUCCAGGAGUUUGGAUUAUCUAUCAGCAUUAACCUAAUUCGUGGCAGUGACGUGGCAGACUAGUUCUAGGAAAAGGACCAAGUAUUUAGAGUAGUAGACAAAAGAGUUGACUUUGAACCACCGCUAGCUUUGGUAGUUGAAGCGAUCAAUUGUAUUUUUAUGAUCACAGGACGACGACUUGGCUCCAUCUGUCGCAGCUGGUAGUCAGAAUUCAACACCGACAACAAUCAUUUUUGGCAGGCCAAAUCUGAUUUCCUCACGGUCUCUAGAAUCCCGCUCAUCUAACCCCAUUCCCUUUGUCGAUAUUGGUACCGUGAUGAACUGGAGGAUUCGUAAAUUUUGGGGGGUUGGACUAUUCAAGUUCAGAUUUCUGGAUAAGUUGGAUCCCAAAUAUGGUUGAUUUGUGGAGUUUUUUUUAUAUUUCAUUUAAGAAAAGAUGUCUAAGUUGGGAUUACUGCAUUGGCCGGAUACGGGUAACCCCUGCUGAAAAAAUUGGAGGGAAUGAUUUUAGUUCUCCAGUCUUAUCCUCGUUUUUUUUACCGUUCCGAAUUCGAUUCAUAUGAUGCAUAAAUUCAAUUUGCGUAU